AUGCAGAGUGUAGACAAUACUGGAGGGAUUCCAGAAGAUAUGAGCGGUAUAAUGGAAGUGGAAGGCUAAGCUUGUUAACUGGGUGGUAAAUAAUUGCAAGUCAUUCAUCUAGAAACCGCGUAAGAUCAGUUAAGAUAGUCAACCUAUUGCUACUGGUGAAAAAGUAAAAAAAGUUUUAUAAAAAUAUAUGGUUUGAGGGGGGUAAAUUACAUUGGCCAGCUUCAGAAAUGUCCCAAAUAGGACAUGGGUGCAUGAUGACCAUCUGUGAACAUUCCAAGUUGGAAAACUGGAAUGCGCACCCUCCAAAUAAGGUCUUUCAGCCCCCAAAGAACCCGACCAUUGAUGGUAUCAUUGUACCCAGGAGAUGUUGCUGUGCUGAACACAUAUUGUGGUGUUCUUUGGCAGAAACCCUUCAAGUUCUCUGUAUAUGUAUUCUUAAAUUGCUGUGUGUGUCAAAAAAAAUCACAAAUUAUUUUUGUUUUAUUUGGCAUAGAUUGGUGGUAAAAUGGUUGCAUGAAAAGAGUCAAAAUACCCCAAGUUUAAUACCUUAAGUUGUCUUCUCUUAAAAAAUCUAUACAUGUGGAGGGUUGUUCAGGGAUUCACUUGCGUUAAAAAAUAAAAAAAUGGUUUGGAAAUAGCAAAGUGCUACUUGAACUUAUUGCCCUAUAACUUUCCAAAAAAAGCUAAGAACAUGUUAACAUUUGGGUAUUUCUAAACUCAGGACAAAAUUUAGAAACUAUUUUGCACGGGUGUUUUCUGGCGGUUGUAGAUACGUAACUGAUUUUGGUGGUCAAAGUUCGAAAAAGUGUGCUUUUUAAAAAAAAGAUUUCAUCAUAUUUUAUAAAAAAAAAAUGUAUAGUAAAUUAGAUAAUAUGAUGAAAAUUAUGGUAUCUUUAGAAAGACCAUUUAAUGGCAAAAAAACCCACAUAAUAUGUGUGGGUACAGUAAAUGAGUAAGAGGAUAAUUACAGCUAAACACAAACACCGCAGACAUGUAAAAACAGCUCUGAUCCCAAACGGUAAGAAAAUUGAAAAGUGGUCUGGUCACUAAGAGGUCAAGCAGAAGUGCUUUAAGUGUCUGGACGGUCCCUUUAAGGAAUAGUAGACAUGAAACUAUUUUCAAACAUAUGUUAAUAUCAGGUAACAUGUUUGGUAAAACUGAAAUGACAUGGCUCUCUGACAGGAGAAUGCACAUAAAUGUUUGCAGGCCUACUUCGUUGGCUUUCUUGAGAAAAACUGUGGUUAGACAGGAUAUAGAGCUAAUCCGUGGAAAUUGAAAAUAUGUCCAGAUAACCCUUGAAAGGCCCAGUAGAAGUGAUAGUUCAAAGCCUCAGCCCCAAAAAUGCCUAUAGCAGGAAGCAACAGUCAAGAGUAGCAAACAGAGAAGGUCUUGUAUGAUCUGGCAAAGCUGUUCCAAAGUGCCGGAGAGUUGUUGUAACUGGGGUCCAAAAUAGAAACUGCUACUUUAUAUGCAGGUUUAACAGCUGCUGUGCAGCCAGUAAACUGUAUUUCUGAAGGUGAACAACUUGGUAACAAAAAUGUAGAUUGCAGCAGUGUGAUACAGUGGAGUUCAAGCGCUCAGCCUCAAUAAUGAUCAGUAAGAGCAUUGGGUUGGCUAAAAUCAGAGUGGGGGCGGCGCCAAACGCUGUUUUAGCCAAUCAACACCUCCUCAUACAGAUGCAUUGAAUCAAUGCAUCUCUAUGAGGAAAAUUCAGCAUCCCCAUGCAGAGCGUGGAGACACUGAACAGCAGUGCCCCCUACUGUGCAGCACUGAGCCAAGAAGCCCUUCCAGUGGCCAUCUGAGGAGUGGCCACUUGGAGGUGUCCCUAGAGGGCAAUGUAAACACUGCCUUUUCUCUGUUUGCAUUAAAAUGCAAGCAGGCAAUGAUUAUACUUGCCAAAACAACUACAUUAGGCUGUAGUUGUUCUGGUGACUAUAGUGUCCCUUUAACUAUUAGAAAUUUUGAACUAUAAAUUACAUUAUUUGUUUUUGAUGUAGUGUUGAUGACUAUCUUGAAAUACUCUUGGAUUAUUGUACUUUCGUACUUGUAAUACUAUAAUAAUGUAUUUGGUUUGCUUAUUUGAUGCCUAAUUUUGCUUGACAAUAUUUAUAGUAUGUUCCAGUAAUUUUCUGCAAUUAUAUACUCUGUAUGUCAUAUUUGUUGGGAUCUGGCUUUUACUAUCAUGGCAAAGUUAGUAAUUUAAUAGCCUUAUGUUUUUUUUUUGCAAUGAUGGACUUUAUAUUUGGCACUGCUCAGUGUUGUGUAAAAAUUAACUUUUGUUGUCUGUUACAUAGUUACAUAGCUGAAUAGAGACUUGCGUCCAUCAAGUUCAGCCUUCCUCGAGUAUGUUUUUGCUGUUGAUCCAAAAGAAGACAACAAAAAAAAAAUCUAGUCUGAAGCGCUUCCAAUUUUGCAACAAACUAGGAAAGAAUUCCUUCUUGACCCCAAAAUAGCAGUCAGAUGUCUCCUUGGAUUAAGCAGCUAUUACCCCACUAAUUAGAAAUUAUAUUCCUGUAUGUUAUGGUUUUGCAAGUAUUUAUCCAAUUGCAGUUUAAACACCUGUAUGGACUCUGAUAAAACCACCUCUUCAAGCAGAGAAUUCCAUAUCCUUAUGGCUCUUACUGUAAAAAAAAAAAAACAUUUCUUUGCCUUAGAUGAAAUCUCCUUUCUUCCAGCCUAAAUGUGUGACCUUGUGUCCUAUGUAAAUCCCUGUUUAUGAAUAGAUUUCCAGAUAAUGGUUUGUACUGGCCCCGAAUAUAUUUGUAUAAUGGGAUCAUAUCCCCUCUGAGGCGCCGUUUUUCCAAACUAAAGAGAUUUAAAUUCUUUAACCUUUCUUCGUAACUAAAAUGCUCCAUUCCUUUUAUCAAUUUUGUAGCUAGUCUCUGCACUUUUCCUAGUGCCAUGAUAUCCUUCUUUAGAACAGGUGCCCAAAAUCGCACAGUAUAUUCAAGGUGUAAUCUUACCAGCGAUUUAUAAAGAGGCAAAUACAUUUUUUCAUCCGAGAAUUUAUGCCCCUAUUUAUACAUGACAAAACCUUACUGGCCUUAGCAACUGCAGAUUGACAUUGCAUAUUGCUGCCUAAUUUGCUGUCUAUAACAAUUCCCAAAUCCAUCUUGUGUGUGGUUAUCCCUAAUUCACUACCAUUUAGGGUGUAAGUUGCUUGUGCAUUCUUGACCCUGAAGUGCAUAACUUUGCAUUUCUCUACGUUAAAUUUCAUCUGCCAUUCUAGUGUCCAGUCCCCCAAUCUAUCUAAAUCUCUCUGCAGCAAAGCAAUAUCCUGCUCACAUUUUAUUACUUUACAAAGUCUUGUGUCAUCUGCAAACACUGUUACAUGCCUUUCAAUGCCUAUUUCAAGAUCAUUUAUAAAUAUGUUAAAUAGAAGCGGUCCUAAAACAGAACCCUAAGGGACAACAUUUACCACUUUUGUCCAGCCUCAAAAUUUACCAUUAUUGUCUACAUUUUUUUUUUCCUCUGACGUGCAUGUAUAAUUUUUCAUAGUUUGUUUUUCAAAAACACUUCAAUCGUUACCAAUGCCUUUUUAAAGUGAACGUGCAACAAGUGGGUUCUUCACAUUUUUUCAAAGACUCGGCAAGGUGUCAUAUUUGCUUUCAUAUGCAAUGAAAUAUAUUUAUUCUGUCCCUCUUCAGCGCUGCCAUACUUAUUUGUCUCCUAUUGACUUCAUUUGUGCAUCCAAUUCUAACGCUUUCGCUGUAAGACAAAGCAGAGUCCACGGAGGAUUCCAGUUGAAUGCAGUAUCUUGAAUAGCUUAUCUUGUGCCUGUUCAAUAAAGUGCCAAAGGUAUCCAUUGUGCAUGUUAUUGCAGAUACAUUGCAUAAGCGUGCCCCAAGAAUGGGGUACAUUGGCGUUGUGGCAGGCUUAUGCAAUUUAUGAUCACAUCAUUGUACAGCGCUACCGAAUCUGAUGCUGCUAUAUAAAUAAUAAAAUAAUAAUGUAACUAAACCCCCAUUAUAUUUUGCCUAGGUGAGGUGUUUUUUAAACAAAACUAUUACAAUCUCUAAGAUUUGAAAUCAUUGUUUAGUGAAUAAGUGAGUGCGCUGGAUUCUGUAUUUUCUAUGUUGUGUAAAUUGGCCACAGCAGCACCCUGUAAUAUAUACAUGUUCAGGUGAGGGCAGCCAUCUUUGGGCUGCUCUGCAAUUUAAUGUAGUACACUUUAAGUAAUAGCACUCCAACACUUUCUUCUGUGUUGUGUAAGUAAAACUUAGCUUUUAUUUAAUUGUUCCAAAAUAAAAAUUAAAAAAUCUACUUUUCCCGUUUACAUGGAUAAACUUGCUUCAGGAGAUGUGUCUAUAUUAUUAGUGUUAUAUAAAGAAAAAAAUCAUUGUUUAGUAGAUAUUUACCCUCAACGAAAACAUACAUUAUUUAAUUGGAAGUAUAUCUAAAACCAGCUCGCAAAAGCUGUAGUUCUCGUCUACUGCCUUGGCAAGCCCUCCCCUUCUAAACCCACCCAGACUUUCUGUGGCUGUCCAGUCAAACAUUUUCCAAUGCAGCUCAUUGAGAAGUCAUUGCAAGGCAGCUGCUCAAGGCAAUCGCCUGCCUUUUGAGUUAAACUCCACUGAGCUAACCAAACCAGGAAGUAACAGGGCCGGUGUAAGGAUUCAUAUGAGAUUGACUAAAACUUCAUCCCUGAAAGGCUUAAUGUUAGUCUCACAUUAACUCUUUUAGGGAUGGAGUGUUCAAUCUCUCAUUAAUCCUUACAGUCGUUUUUUUAUUAACAUUUUGGGGAGGGGUGUAACAAGGUUAUUUUAUAUAAGUGGUCAUUUGGUGUAAUCAAACACUGAAGCCAUAUUCUCUCUGCAGCCUGAUCCUGUUCUAGUUAUGCACUCACUGUGGGGGAGGGACGGGGCAUUUUGUCAUUGGUCAACGGUCACCAGAAUCCUAUGAGAAUGGACCCCAAUAUGCACAGAAUUAACAUUAGCCAGCCUGAAACACUAAUGCAAGUGCCACUGCUGUUUUAGCCAUGCAAUAAACUGUCAUUUUGUACAGAUGGCAGUGUUCUUAUUGCAGGGUUAAACCUACCUGACAACCACUAAAAGCGCUUUGCCUUUGAGCAUGAGUCAGGCUCUGUUUUCAAUCAAAUACUACUCCUAGAGACCAUAAAGGUUUGGUAAUUUGCCAUGUAUAAGCACUAGCCUCCUAGUUCUUCUACUUCAAAUUUGAACUACAGCAAGUCUGAUACUACAUUAAGUUACAGGCAAGACCCAUAACAUCUUCUACCUGGGGGUGGUAGUAUGUCGAAUGUGCUAUAGUUGAGAGCAUACUGGUUUCAUAGGGUAUUUAUCAAAGUUAGGUCACAAGGUAAACCUACUGCAAACAAGGAUAAGCCUAUAGUUUUGCUACUCAAACAAGAUCUGCUUAGGCUUAUGUUAUGAAUAAUUUAGCAAAACUUGUAUCAUGUUUGUAAGCCUUUUCUAGCAGUCUUAUUCCUUCAAGCAUAUGAGCGGUUUCGCUGACAAUUUAAUCCCUAGAUGAAAAGAAAUGAGUAAAGGAUCUAAGUGUGCAUGUGUGGAUUGGCAUGCUCUAUAGGGUUGCUCUGUGGUUUUGUGUAUUUAAACCGGCAAAACUGUCAGAAAUCGGUGUCAGGGUUUGUUUGCAGUAGCUGAGAUUAAUCCAGACAGCUAUUGGGAGUCACCAGAUAUUUUACAUGCUCUUUGUACUGAAUCAACUUUAGACUUGGGUGUUGCACCACUAAACUUUAAAUUGUAGCCAAACAACCAAAUCCAGGCUCAAUUAGGUGAUGUUUUUAAAAAAAAAAAAAAAUAUAUAUAUAUCCACAAGUAAUCCUCUUAUUAUGACCUUAUAUCUGGGCAUUAGCCUUCAAGUAGCCCUCCUAAUUUUUCCAAAUUGUUCCAUAUCCUUUUAUAGACUGACGCCUUGGGAUGUAUAGCUUUUGCAACUAUUGAAAGGAAACUGUCAUAGUUUAUUUUAAAUAAAAUACAUAGGUGUAUUAUAGCAUUUGUGAAUAUUAUUUUGUAAUGCAUACAUAUAUAUAAGUAAAUGGAUUUCAGGGCAUCUCCAGCCCUACUCUUACUCAAUGGGGGACAUCUUAAAAAUACACUUUGAGCGGUAAUCGAAUGUUCAUAUUGUGCACAGCUUUGGCAGAUGCUUGGUGUCAAACCAAAUAAUAUGUAAAGAUGUCUAUCCUGACAGAGCAAGGGUGAGAUAGGAAAUGCUAUAAAAAUAUAAUUGUCUUGUAUGAAUGGAUUUCAAUAAUACAGAUAGAACCUAUAAUACAGGCAAUCUUUUUAUAUUCAGUAAUAACAAACAAUGGCAAUUUUACUUUAAGCUCUCACUCAUUGUGAAAAAGGAAAUUUCUAUUCAAAGCAACUUGCCCAUUUAAAAAUACGUUUCAGUAUUAUGGUAUUAAUCAAGGCCAUCAUUUAUGUUUUUAACUUGGGUUUGUUGUUAUGAACUAAAUUUGCAUUUUACUAUAUUGUACAGUAUAUUUAUGCACAUUUCAUUUUUGUAUUAACUGGAUUAGGCAGAAAAUGUAAUAAAGCAGGGAAUGCUAUCAGAAUGCUUGGUUGUAUAGGGAGAGGUAUUAGCAGUAGAAAGAGGGAAGUGCUCAUGCCAUUAUACAGAACACUGGUGAGACCUCACUUGGAGUAUUGUACGCUGUACUGGAGACCAUAUCUCCAGAAGAUACUUUAAAGCAGGGGUAGUCAACCUUUUUCUACCUACCGCCCACUAAUGCAUCUUUCUUGAUGGAAAAAUUUCUUUACCACCCACCAGUUUUCGCGCAAGUGCAGACUAUUUUUUAAAAAGGGUGUUUUUAAAAAAAUAAAUGUACGUACAUUUAUCUUUUUAUUUCUACUUAAUGCAUGUUUAUAAUGUUUUUAACUUUAGAAAGUUUAAUGAGAAAACAAUAAAGUAAAUUGAAAUUACCUUUAACUAGUGAUUAAUGAGAUCCUUGAGGUUGAUGCUGCGAGACUAUUUGAAAUCUUGGUCUCCUCUUUUGGUGAUAUUCAGACUACUUCUCUGUUUGCGCAUAAUAUGAUUUCUCAUCUGUACGUCAGCUCUCCUCCUCAAUUUCCAUUUUCCUUAUUUCUUUCCUUUUGACCUUCCUUAUAGCAAUGCCCAGCAGGAAGGCUGAGCUAAGUAUCCCACUUACUGUUAUUAGCCAACAACAAUUCUCUCCUUUUCCUAUUUUUUAUUUUCCUUCUUUCUCCUUUUUUACAAGUAGUCUGCUCUUUCUUUCUUCUCUUCCACAAGUACUCUGCUCCUUCUUUCUUCUAUUCUACAAGUACUCUGCUCCUGCUUUCUUCUAUUCUACAAGUACUCUGCUCCUGCUUUCUCCUUUUUACAAGUACUCUGCUCCUUCUUUCUCCUUUUUACAAGUACUCUGCUCCUUCUUUCACCUUUUUACAAAUAUUCUGCUCCUUCUUUCUUCUAUUCUGCAAGUACUCUGCUCCUUCUUUCUCCUUUUUUACAAGUACUCCUCCUUUAUUUUAUCCCCUUUUUUUCUAUUUUUAUUCCCCUUUUUUUUAAAAUCUUUUCCUUUUUAUCUCCUUUUUUUUUUUAAUGCUUUUCUUUUACCCUGCUUAUGGCAUUGUACAAAAGUAAGGCUGAGCUAGUUAGCCCACUUAUUAUUAUUAUUAUUAUUAUUAUUAUUAGCCAACAACAAUUCUCUCCUUGUCCUGCCUAUAACUUUUCUUUCUCCUAUUUUACAACUGCUCUGCUCCGCUUGUACCUGCUUCAGCCUGUCCCUGCUAUCGGGCAUCAGCUCCCACUCCUCCUCUUCCUCUUUCCACGUGUUACACGUUUGCGCAUGCAUGUAUGUGUUCGCGUGCACGCAUUCUCGUGUUUGCACGCGUUCGCACUUUCAUGUGUGCCCACCAGUAGGCUGUUGGAACCAGGAUGACGACCCAUGCUUUAGAGAGAGUUCAGAGAAGGGUUACUAAACUGGUUCAUGGAUUGCAGGAUAAAACUUACCAGGAAAUGUUAAAGGAUCUUAACAUGUAUAGCUUGGAGGAAAGACGAGACAGGGGGGAUAUGAUAGAAACAUUUAAAUACAUAAAGGGAAUCAACACAGUAAUGGAGGAGACUAUAUUUAAAAGAAGAAAGGCUAUCUCAACAAGAGGACAUAGUCUUAAAUUAGAGGGGCAAGGGUUUAAAAUGAUAUCAGGAAGUAUUACUUUACCUAGAGCAGGCUUCCCCAAACUCCGGCCCUCCAGAUGUUGCUGAACUACAACUCCUAUGAUUCCCAGCCUAUCUAUUUCAUUCAUAGAAUCAUGGGAGUUGUAGUUCAGCAACAUCUAGAGGGCUGGAGUUUGGGGAAGCCUGACCUAGAGGGUAGUGGAUGCAUGGAAUAGCCUUCCAGCUGAAGUGGUAGAGGUUAACACAGUGAAGGAGUUUAAGCAUGCGUGGGAUAGGCAUAAGGCUAUCCUAGCUAUAAGAUAAGGCCACGGACUAAUAAAAGUAUUUAGAAAGUUGAGCAGACUAGAUGGCCGAAUGGCUGUCACAUUCUAUGUUUCUAUGUCUAUGUGAUAGAGGACUAGCAUUUCCCUGGUAAUAGUGCUCAAUGAUACAAUGUUACCCAAAUGCAGCACCAUUAUUUGUUUGAGAUUUCUUUUUGAUAAUGUUGAUGAGGUCAUAUGGUACAGGUAAAAUUGUUUAACAUAUGUUUUCAGUAGAUCUGAGUUAAAGGGACACUUCUUCUGCCCAUUGGAGUGAUCUGGGUGCCAACUCCCAUAACCCUUAACCCUGCAAGUGUAAUUAUUGCAGUUUUUGUAAACUGCAAUAAUUACCUUGCAGGGUUAAGUCCUCCUCUAGUGGCUGUCUAUCAGCUUCUUAGAACACGAAAAGUGUUUUAAACAACGCUGGACGUCCACACGCUAUGCAUGAGAACCUCCGGCGUUGCUGGAAUCCCCAUAGGACAGCAUUGCAUAAUGCUUUCCUAUGGGGAGAUCUAAUGUGCAUUAGGUCUCCCCCCGUCUGCUGACAUAUUUGUAUGUUUUACAGCUGUGCAACAGCAUACAUUCACCAUUUCAGUCCCAUUACCAAACAAUAUGUCAAGGUAGUUGGACUGAAACAUUGGUUAUAUGCGAAUGCACGUUUCCUUAAAAUAAAUGCGCUCUUUUGUUUACUUUGGAGCCCUACAAGCGUGAGGUUGUCCAGUGUCAAGCAACUUUUUUUUAUACUGUACCUUUCAAAAUAAACCUAUGUUUCUAUGAAAACUGACAUUUUUGUUUUUUUGCAGCCCACAUAAACUUAAACCUUAUUUCUUUGGCCAUUCUUAGCCUUUGAGUUUGACAUGCUUGCUGUAAAAGAUGAUAGUCUGUAUCAAGGGACAUAAACUGAAAGACCACAAUCAAACUAUGGAUUCUAUAGAAUUGUAGAGGUUAAAACUGUGUAAUCUAUCUUGAUAUCCUUUUGAACUUUGUUUAGGAGCUCAGUCCAGGGAAACUAAUCAAAUACAAGGUGUUAGAGAACUUAAAACUUAUAUUGCCAUUUUUUUAAUUCAGUUGCAGAUAAACUUGCAUUUUGUUGCUUGAGACAUUCUGAUUAGUGGCAUAAACACAUGAUGGUGGCACAUCAUAGAAAUUGGCUAAGCUAAGGACUCUUGCAUCUCUUAGAAUUGCCAUGUAUUACUUGAAAUUCUGGUGCAUGAAUGUACAUUUAUUUGAUGAAGCCAGUAGACCUUCUAACAUACAGGACAUAUUUUGUUUUCAUAAAUUGCAAAUGAUUUAUUGCAGGUAGUAAGUAUGAAUGCUUUAAUACAUUAAUUAAGAUAAAGUAAAAGUUCUGAUCGUUUUACAUAUUUUACAGAUGUAUCUUGUGAUUUUCCCUGAAGGCACUCGUUACAAUCCAGACAUCCCAAAGGUCAUAGUUGACAGCCAGGCAUUUGCCAUGAAAGAAGGUAAAACUAACAAUGGGAAUUUGCAUACAGAAGCUUCAAUAAAAUGCAUGCCUAGUAACUCUUUUCAGAUAUGUAUAUCCCUAUCACCCAAACCUCAUACUAUCAUGGCAUUAUUUAUUUUCUUCCCCAAGUGUGUUCAGUGUGUUUGGCUUCAGAGAGCAAUUUCUUAAAGCCAUUGUUGCUGAUUUUCAGUAUACUUCCACGUUAAAGCAUUUAAAGAGACACUAUAGACACCCAGACCAGUUAAUCUAAUUGAAGUGGUCUGGGUGCAGUGUUCCUGUUCCCUUAGCCUGUCAAUGUAAUACAUUGCAGUUUUACAGAAAAUGUUUACAUUGCAGUGUUCAGAUUGCCUCUAGUCUUAACACUCUAGUCUUAACUCCAUGAAACAGCGCUGCACGACCUCAUGCUUUACAUGAAGACAUCCAUUGUCAAGCAAUACUCCGAAGAAAAGCACCAAGUUGAUGCUUUCCUAUGGAGAGUCCUAGUGUGCUCGCGGCAGGUUCCCCCAUCAGCUGAUGGCACAGGAGGAAUGCGACCCAGUAUCGAGGGACAUCAGUGCUGGAAUCAGGUGAGUGAAAGAGAGGUUUGUUUUUUUUAACCUUUUAAUGGACGGGGGAAUCGGGGCGGUACGGAGUUAGAGCAACAUUAUAGUGUUAGGAAUACAUGUUUGUAUUCCUAACACUUAAGUGUUCCUUUAAUAUUCAGGAAUGUGACCGGAUGUUUUCUCAAAGAGCAUAAGAUGGAGUCAAAGCAGAUCUUUCCACAUCACUAGACACAAAAGUAGAAAAAAAAUAUAUGCAUUCAGGAAGCCAUAUUGAAAAACAUAAUUCAGAGAUGACUGAGAGACACCCUUUGUAGGCCUACAUGUAUUUGCCAUGACUUAACAUACAUUAAGAAGCAUGUAAACUUAUCCUCAGACAACCUUCAGAUGGCAGUAAUGGAUUAGUAGCUCAGUCACAGUUUAGAACAAAAACAUGUCUACAUCUGUUUAAUAUUACUGAUUUCAUAUCUAGGUGAAAUAAACUUUUGAGGAUUUAAAAACACCAUUCCCACGACUGUAAACUCUCAGCUUAGUGUCUGAUACCCUCAGCAGGCCAUGGCUUUUGACUUGACCAAACGAUCCGCCCAGUGAUUCAGUAAUGGUCUUCAUUUAUCGGAGUCUUAAAGCUGCAGUCUCAAAGCAGUCAUUUAUAAGCUUUUGGGCUAUUUUAAGGACUUCUUUUAAUUCUUCUUAGAAAGUGGUUGACUUAAUUCCAGGCAAUAAUGCAUUUUUUUUUUCUUUUUACUGAAAACUCAUGCUGUCAUGUUGGCGCAACAUACGAUAAAGACUCACAGGGAGAUUAGAUUUUCUCACAGGAUCCUUAAACUCUACAGAUGCACAAAAAUACAUUCUCAUAAAAAAACCACAAAACUGCAGCUUUUUUCAGUUCUUAUGAUGAUAGAGCAAGACCUUUUUAUCAGGACAUUGUACUUCUAAAUGACAUAAUACUCAGAAACCCAUAAUAUCAUGGAUUUAGACUUGUGUGUUAUAAAAGUGCUGCAUGUGAUCAAUCCCUGCAGUAGAGAUCUGAAUAUUUCAAAAUUAUAGAGUUGUACAUGGUUAAAAGGAUACUAAAAGUGCAAGGAUGUAUUCCUGACACUAUAGCCCCUCUGCCAGCCCCCUCCCUCACGCACUUCCGUCCUCAGUUUUCUAAAGGGUUAAAAACCCUUUAUUUACAUGCCCAAUCCCAGCACCGAUGUCCCUUGGCGCUGGGUAACUGCUCCACCUCCUCUGACAGUGCUUAAUAAGGGGGCACUAAUGCACAUAUGCAUCAAGCGCCGCACGCAUUAGAAUCUCCCUAUAAAAAAGCAGUGGAUCAGUAGUUUCCUAGAGGGAAAAAAAUCUGACACUUGAUGUCCUCAUGCAGAGCGUGAGGACACCCAGCAUCAGAUACGGGAUCAAAGGUCUGUUUGGAUGCAGGAAGGGCGUCCAGUGGCUGUCUCCAAGACUUAAGGCAGACUUAUGCAGCAAUGUAAACAUGCUUCAAUGAGCUGAAGUGGUCUGGGUGCCUAUAGUGUCCCUUUAGCUAGGGUACAUGGCUACGGUGAAGUAACUGAAUGAAGAAGAAGCUUAGUCUGUGGUAUUUUCAUUUUUAGAUCUGAACAUUGUGAUUAUUAAGCCUUACCAUUGCUGAGUAUUAUAUAAUUUUAAAAAAUGGGACCAGACUGUGUCCAUGCAACCCCAUAUGCAGCAAACAGCAAUGCACUCUGUGUUCUGACUACUUUCUAUCAUGUCCAGCAUUAGAUUUUUCAGCAAUUGGAGCUACAGUAGCUCUUCUGUGUGAUCGGACCAGAAGGGCUAGUCUUCGUUCCCCACGUGCUUCAACAAUGAUCUUUGAGUGCCCAUGACCUCGAUGUCGAUUUUAGCCUUUCCUGCACCGCUUUUGGUAGUUACUAACCACUGCAUACAGAACAUCCCACGAGACUUGACAUUUUGCCAAUGCUCUGACAAGUCAUCUACUCAUUACUAUAUGGCCCUUGUCAGUCACUCAGGCUUUUUGCCCAUUUCACCUGCUUUCAACACAAGCAAUGAAAUAACUGACUGCUCACUUUCUGCCUAAUAUAUCCCCCACCUUUACAGGUGUCAGUGUAAAAAUACUACCACUUCAUUGAGAUGGAUGCUGGGUGUAGUGCCUCUGGCCCCUUAACCCUACAAUGUAAAACAUUAUGUCUAGGUGUCCUCUAGUUAUAAUGUGAUAAUGUUAUAAUGUUGAUUUGUAGUUCAGAUCGCUUAGUGGUGUCAGUGGCUAAUCUGUUGCAUACCUUUUUGAUAAGAAGGUCUUUUUCAGUAUGGUGAUGUAUCUAAAAUGGCAGGCUCACGGUGCCACAUUUUGCAAAACAUUUAUAGGUGCUCGGAGUGUCCCUUUAAGUCCACCUGUAAUGACAGUCAGUUUGACAGCCAUCAGAGGCACUUCCGCUGCACUGACGGAAUAAAACUCAGUCACGUGACACAGAAGCCCAAUAGAAAAGCAUUGAUUCAAGUGCUGCUGAGACCAGUGUGGACCAGAACACUAUAGCAUUGGGUAUUGGGUAUUUCUCGUGCUAUAGUGUUCCUUUGAGUAAUCUGGCUCUGCUGUAUAUUGUCUGUGGCUGCCAAGUAUUACAAUGAUAUGUGAUACAUUUCUAUAGGUAAAGAUUUCCUUUUUCUAGGUCUUCCAGUAUUGAAACAUGUGUUGACUCCACGUGUGAAGGCUACCCAUGUUGCAAUUGACGCGAUGCAGAACCACCUUGAUGCUGUCUACGAUGUCACGGUAGCAUAUGAAGGAACUACAAACCAAGAAGGACAAAGGAAAGAGGCUCCAUCAAUGACAGGUAUUCCAUAUAUAAAUGCUUGCAGGUAUGUGUCAACAUCCCUGAGCUAGACAAGUUAUAUUUUAUUUGCUAUAAAUCCUUUGGUUGAAGCUGUUAAAACUUGGAUUGAUCUCAAGUAAGAUGUAAUGCGCUGCGUGUCGGUGCCAAAUACCAUCCCAAGUGUGCAAUUUAUUUUGUCACACAACUGUCUUAUAUCCUUAUCAUGUAAAUUUAUUAGUGCUAUUAAACUGCUUUAUAAAAAUGCAGCCUUUGUAAAUCUUUUUUCAGUUCGUAAUAUAUACUUAGUGACGGUUACCACAUUACGCUGUUGUUUAGGGGGACCUGGAUACCUUUGGCAAGGCUUGGAUCUAGGGGAACUCCUGGAUCAAACACAGUCAUUCAGCCAUGUCCAUGAAUCUGCCACGUUUGGGACACUGGGGUUAAUAUUGAUUAUUAUUUUUUUUGUAACCCUCAAGGGCAUAAUGUAUUUUUUUAUUUAUUUUAUUCAAUUUAUUUGAAUUCUGUGAUUUAGAUAGCUGGUGUGGGUAGCAGUGGGAAAUUCAGUGUUAGGAUAGUUAGGGGUUAAAAAAAAGUUUAAACAAAGCAAAAAAAAUCUAUUUUUAUGGUAGUUUAGUUGUAGUUAUAAAGUGCAGUCUGAAAAUGCUUAAAAGCGAGGAGGAUUAUAAAAUUUUAACGGCCGAUUCUGAGACUACAGCGCCUCAGUGAGUGACACAGGUGAUUUCCCUGACGCUGCCCAAAACACAUAUGACUGGAUUCCCCAUUCCAAUGAUUUCACCUCCUGACAUCCCUAUCGUUUCUGCAACUCCAGGCAUACAGACUGGUGUGACCAGAUAUGGCCCAAUCCCUAUGAUGAGCAGUUUCUUACCCAGAACCCUGAAUCAUUUACUGCCAGUAAAGUAGCAUGGUACCACACCAGUUUGGCUGAAUUAAAACAAUAUUAA